AUGCUGUCCAAGAUAAAAGAGGCUGGCCGCCAGGUAGCACGCAGCAAUAGCGUCUCAAACGACUCUCGUCCAGGAAAUUUAGAAUCCCAAUAUUAUACAUCUCAUAUAGCGGACAAACGUCGGUAUAGUGCGGCAGUCACGGACGCUCUUCGAAGCUUGCAACAUUCACCAGUACCUUCGAAAGCGAAGAUGGAUAAACGACCACCGUUGAGGAAGAGAGGGUCGUCGUUGUUCAACAAGAUGACUUCACAAGAGACAUAUGAGUCGCUUGUGCCAAGGUCGACAUCAUCAAGUCGUUUAAGUGAAAGGACUAUCACAGACAAUCGAGACUCGACGGGGUUAUCGUCGUUAUCAACCAGAAUUAAAGCUCAUCGAAUGCGAAAAAACUCGCAGCUUAGUCUGAGCCUUGGGCCUCUCGAAGAACAUGAGAUCCGACAACCGGGCAGCCAACCUCGCGCCCCUCCUAAGUUACUUCGCACACAUAGCGUGCCAGACUUAUUAAGCAGAAGCCAAGCAAUGAGCCCUGACUCUAGAAAAUUCUGCAAUGGCAAGCCGAUCAGCAAUCCCUUCAACUUCCGACACCUUUCCCACAUGGAAACCAGACAGACCGCUCAAUUCGAAGAUACACCCGAGGAUGUUCUUCCGAUACAAUGGAAUUCUAUGGUUAGGGAAUCUAGGGCACCAAGGACUCCAGUUGUCCCAUUGACACCGUUGACAGCAAGGGGUGUAAGACAUAUGCAGAGCUUAAGCGGAUCUCUCCGAACAAGUGGGCUGCCAAUGCCAUCCCCUUCGAUUGAUAGUGUCUAUUCCCCUGUCGAGUCUAUUGCGGAUCUUAGUAUGGAGUCCAAGUCGGCUGAAAGCUUAAAUAAUUCAUUCCCCUCAUACCUAGCUCCGCCCCCGCGAAGUUCCUCGCGAACGGCAUUUACCGGUCCUUUGCCUUCUAUAGACGAUGAUAUCCCUAUCCUUGAAAGUGAAGGCCGGGAUUCAGUCAUCUUCCUUCAAGAUGAUCUUGCAGUUUUAUCAAGGACAGUGGGUUCAAUUCCCGAGGAGUCUAGUUUGCUAGAUCAAGAGGUUGAGGACGACGUGCUCGGUGCCUUUCCAUCACCACCCAUCACAUCUUCGAAAGUUCUUUCACUUAAAACAGUGGGACUUCAGCCAAACAUUGUUAUCAACAAUCACUUACUCCCACCCCUAUCUCCACUACGCCCAUCAAGCUCAAGCUCGGGUACACUGGGGUUUGGAGCAGCAGGAGAUGCGGAUGCCCCAAAAGAACAAACAGCACCUAAGAGAUCGUCGAAGAGGAUGUCUAAGCGACUAAGUCGGCGUGUCUCGAUUCUCGGUGAUGCUCAGGCAGAAAUCCAAAGCUGGGAAGCCGAUAUUGACUGGACGUAUGAUAAUAAUGGGUUUGAUGAAUGGGUCGACGAUCUUGAAGGCAUCGAGGAAGAGGAAGAGGCGGAUAACAAUUUGGGCAGCAAGUCGGCCCCAGUCUCUGCAUCACCCUCUACCGUCAACCUUGCCAGCUUGGCGGCGAAGAGACAUUCCGAUGAAGGAAAGUCUUUCCUCGCUGCUCCGGAGGAGGAAGCUACCCCACGCUCUCCUGAGAUUGGCAUCGCAGAUGGUGGAUUCGGCAUAUUUGACCAUGCCGACCGCCAAUACAAUGCUUUCGGCCACCAGCGCCAACUCUCAAAAACUCGCAACGGAGCUAGUCAUAGCAGGACCCUUUCAACUUGCGCAAGCUUGCCCAAUCUUAAGGCUGGUAGGAAACACUAUCGCAAUUCGUCGCUUCGUGGUUUCUCGAAUCUUGAUAACGGUAUCGUUACGCUUGAUGAGGAGGACGAAAUCCAACACCCAUCUUUCCAGCGGAUGCAUUCUGCCCCACCACGUGAGGUUGCAAUCCCUCCCGCACGUUAUAGCGGACGUUCACGUGCCGCCUCGAAUGCAACAUGUACAACACUUGUUUCAGACAUUGAAGGAUAUCCUUCAGAUCUUUCGGAAAUGGCAUCUACGCCUUCUCACUCUAGCCACAAUUCUACAGAGGGUCCUUAUUUCCUUUCGCAAACUCAAGAUGGCCUAUUCUUUGACCUUAAGACCCAGCUUGGGUCUGGUGUCCAUAUUGUCAACGAUGAGGUACCAUUCAACUUCUUCUAA